AGAGUGCGGCUUGUCGGCUCGCGUGUACGUGCCUACUGACGCGCUGUUGUACCGGUCUUCAGUGUAUAGUUAGCGUGUCCCACUGGGCCUAGCGCCAGCAUGGACGCGGUACUGGCAGCGCUCGUCGCGCUAAUGGCAUUGGCCGCCGCGAUGGCAGCCGUGCUAAGCACCCUCUCGAAAGCUGCGAUCUUCGCGCUGCUCGCGAUCGCCCCAUGCCUAUACCGAUACAGGAAGCGCAUUUACGUGAUCUUGAAAACUCUACCGAGGGAUACCAAGUUCCUGUGGCGGUAUGCGAACGGCAUGAUCCGGUCGAAACGAUGGGGCCGACAGGACGCCACCGUCGCGCAGCUUUUCACGCAGCGCGCGCGCCGCACGCCCGACGCGCCGUGCUUCAUCGUCGUCGGCGAUCGCACCUGGACCUUCAAAGAGAUGGACGAAAAGUCAAACCAAGUGGCGAGAGUGAUGCAGGAACAUCUAGGUCUGAAGCGUGCUGACGUUGUGUGCGUGUUCAUGCCCAAUUGCGCGGAGUACGUGUGGACUUGGCUGGGCAUGGCGAAGGUGGGCGCUGUCUCGGCCCUCAUCAAUAGCAACCUUCGCCACAAACCGCUACUGCACUGCGUCCAAGUUGCUAAACCGAAAGCUAUCGUCUUUUCAGACCAGCUGGCUAGCGCCGUGCAAGAGAUUCGGGAGCAGUUGCCGGGUGAUCUGAAACUGUUCCAGCUGUACGGCGAGUGUGCAGAAGGCGUAUUAGAUCUCGGGGCGGAGAUGGAUAGACAACUGCCUCUCCCGCCGCUCGUCACCGAGACUCUGCACUACAAGGACACGCUUCUCUACAUAUAUACGUCUGGGACCACCGGCAUGCCCAAGGCGGCGGUGCUGCCAAAUUCUAAGUAUCUCCUGAUAAUGGUCGCCACGGUGCAUAUGCUCGGUCUAAAGUCCUGGGACCGGAUGUAUAAUGCGCUACCGCUGUACCACACGGCGGGUGGCCUGGUGGGCACGGGUGCAGCUCUUGUCGACGGUAUACCCUCAGUCAUUCGGCCACGUUUCUCCGCUUCUAACUACUGGGCUGAUUGCGUCAAAUAUAACUGCACGGUGGCGCAGUACAUUGGAGAGAUGUGCCGAUAUCUGUUGGCGCAGCCGCCUCGGCCGACGGACGCGCAACAUCGCGUGCGCAUUAUGGUCGGCAACGGUAUGCGCCCCGCCAUAUGGCAGCAAAUUGUAGACAGGUUCAAAGUGCCGCAGAUAAAUGAAAUCUACGGAGCAACGGAGGGCAAUGCAAAUAUCAUUAAUGUGGACAACACGCUCGGCGCGGUUGGCUUCCUACCGAAGCUAGUACCAACUAGUCUACACCCCAUCGCCCUGGUGCGCUCCGACGAGCAAGGCAACCUUGUCAGAGGCGCAGACGGAUUCUGUAUACGAUGCGUACCCAAUGAGCCUGGCAUGUUCAUUGGCCUCAUCGCACAGGGCAACGCGUCUAGAGAAUAUUAUGGAUAUGUGGAUAAGAGCGAGAGUAACAAGAAGAUGGUCCGUGACGUGUUCCAAAAGGGUGACGCGGCUUUCGUGAGCGGCGACAUUCUGGUAGCCGAUGAGCUCGGCUACCUGUUCUUCAGGGACCGCACCGGCGACACAUACCGGUGGAAGGGAGAGAACGUCGCCACAGCUGAGGUGGAGGACGCUAUGGGACACGCCCUCGGACAGAGAGCAUGCGCCGUAUACGGUGUUUCUGUGCCGCAAACCGAGGGUCGCGUGGGCAUGGCCGCUAUAGCGGACGAGAAUGGUUCGCUGGAGCUGAACAAGCUGGCGCGACACUUGGACGACUCGCUGCCGUCGUACGCUCGACCACUGUUCCUCCGACUCGUCAAAGACAUCGAAAUCACAAGUACGUUUAAAUUGAAGAAACUGCACUACCAGAAGGAAGGCUUCGACCCGGACGUGAUCAAGGACCCGCUGUACUUCAGAUCUGGUGAUGGAUUUGUGCCAGUCACCACUCAACUAUUCGCCGACAUAUGCACAGGCCGCGUUAAGCUGUAAGCGGCCUUAACACAGCGCCAUAAGAAGCACACUCGAUUCCUCAGUGGGAACGUCAUUAUCAGCUCAGCUUCAAAUUCUCCGUGAAUUAUAACACAGGUGCUGAUAUAUUGGAGUAUUCAAAUCGACGAUUGAUCCUUUAUAGACUAUAAAAGUAACAAGUAAAAGUUGUGGUGUAUGUUCAAUUUGAUAUAACAGUCAAAUUAAUAUUAUUCAUUAAAAAACGUAAUUUAAUAGC